AUGAUCGCAUCGCAUCAGCCCGAAAAGAUGAAAUCCCAAAACCCCCGCCGUGGGCGGGUGAUCAACACACCACCUUCUCUGUCCUCGCCAGACCUUCACCUGUCAGUCCGGUUGCCUUUCCGUUUGAAGAAGGGAGAGACCUUCCACUCCACAAGCCCGUCCGAUCGUGACUCGUCGCCCGUAUCGCUUUCACCCCGCCGUUCGUCCACCUCCCCGGGAGCUCUGCAGGCCUUUCAAGCUGGUCAGGAGCGUAUGGCCAAGAUCCUGAGUCGCCUGGAUCUGAACUCUACAAAAGCGCCUGCCUUUGAUGAUUAUGACGAUUUUCCGGUUCCCAAGGGUAGCUUGAAGGCCCUUGUUGAAAAGUCACAGGUUGAAAAGUCACAGCCGCGUAAAGAUGACCUAAACAAAGACAAACCAUCCCCACCAAAGGAAUCCACCGAAAAGACUAGAAAUGUGCACUGUCACCCUUCAGACAGUGGCCUAGGAACAUCCGUCAGUAGCUGCCAAACCGCAUCUUCACAAAAAGUGAAAGUUGGUCCUUUGUCUCAGGACCGGUCGCAAGCUACCACCGGCUCUAUUAAUGCAGUUGAAACUGAAACCACCCCGGAGCACAAGCUCGGCCUGGGUACUUGCCUAGAGAUCGAGAGACGCAUCCUUACUCCCCUGCUUGGACAGGAUACUUGCAAGCCGUUCCAUCAUCUUGUCGAAAGUGCUCGCGAGCAGAUUGCGGGGGAAAAGAUUCGCACUCUCCGUGAUCUUGAAAAGGCACUGCUUUACGUCGCGGCUGACGUCGAGGUAGAAAUUGGCUCAUACUACCAAUUCUGCAGUUCUACGAUCUUGUGCCUGCAUGAGACAUACACCCACGUGAACCCACGGGAUUUGUGUCUGCCCGCCGACAAGCCUUACAGCAACUCUUACUUCCUUGAUCUUACCGCCCAGGUUCAUCGCUUCAAGACCAUGCGGGACGAGGCCCGUAAGAACAAGAAGGACAUGGAGCCACAAUUGAUUCUCGAGGGCGGCCUGAGUGCCACCGGGCGUCCCCUUGAGCUUGUUGCUCAGAAGGAUGGGGAGUCUAUCUCCUUGCAGACCGGGAAGCCGUUUGAUGAACUUGCCCCUCCCUUGUUCAAGCGUACCCUAAGCCUUGGGGACGGGGACGAGGGAGCCAGACGGUCUAUGGCUCGCCGCAAGAAGAACGCACCCCCGAUGAACAUCAACACGAAGUGCUCUCACUGCGAUAAGAUUUUCCAGAGGCCGUGUGACCUGACGAAACACGAGAAAACGCACUCGCGCCCCUUCAAGUGCCCUUUCGAGGGUUGCAAAUACUAUGAUCUUGGAUGGCCCACCGAGAAAGAAAACGAGCGUCACAUCAACGACCGUCACUCGACGACACCUCGCAUGUACGCGUGCACAUUCGGCGGCUGUGCCUACAAGUCCAAGAGAGAGAGCAACUGCAAGCAGCACAUGGAAAAGGCCCACGGUUGGAACUAUGUGCGUGCGAAAAACAACGGUCGCAAUGGCAAGCGGCGGGCCACCCCGGUCGGUGCCAGUCCAGACCAAGACAGUUCGGUUGAGUCGAGUCCGGCGCAGUCGAGCCCCGAUCAAAUGGGUUCUGUUCCCCUCGCCCCGGCUCAGAUGGCUUCCCUUCAUCAGGGUUCAACCCAGAUGAACCCGCUCCAGAUGAGUCCGGACCAGCUCAAUCUGCUGCAGAUGAACGCCGACCAUAUGAGCCCGCUUCAACUCAGUCCCGAUCACCUGAGCCCGCUUCAUAUGGGUUCCGACCGUGCGAGUCCCGUCGAGAUGAAUGCCCUCCAGAUGAGCCCGGACCGAGGAAGCUCGGUUCAAAUGAGCCCACCUCAAGUGAGCCCUGCCCAACUGAGCACUCCUGCGACCGGCCCCCUCCAGUCGCCAACCGGAUAUGUGAACAACUACUCGCAAGGCCAGAUGUUCCAGCUGCAGGAUCCCUACACACAGCUCAAGAACGAGGACUGCGUUCUGUACACUGACAAUGAUUUCGCGCCAUACAACAACGGAGCUAAUGACUUCUUCGAGGACGCCUCGUUCGGGUAUGGCGAGCAUCUGUACCAAACCGCCCAGAUGGACAUUGGUGGUAUGGGUGGCUUUUGCGAGGAGGCUUUCAUGAACAGCAAUCUGCUCUGGGACGGCAACCUGACGGAUGAGGGCAUGUUCAUUCUCAACCAGGCAACCAACAUGCCUCCAUUCUAA